AUGAUGCUAGCCCUCCCAACACUGCUGGCACUCACAAAUGUCCUCUUCGUUGACGGCAGCGACCAGUUUCACGUCCAAGAACCACAUUUCGAUCUCGGCUAUGGGCAGGCCAGGCUGCAUCCAGAUGCCCCGAUACCCGAAUGCGCUUGGUCUUCAUUGAAUGCUACGAUUGGCGGACGACUCCAACGGGCUACACCAUACGCCAGAACUUGCUUUAGCGCGUCCUUCGACGAGGGAGAAUGCACAGGGGUGAUAAACGAGUACCUUGAUCCUGCUCGACGAUCCGACUACUUUGGCGCAUACAUCAACACGGAAUGGGAAACCUGUCAAGCGACUAGAGAGGAAUGUGCUCUGAACUGGAUGAACGCGGCAGCAAGGGAUGGAGAAUGUAGACAAGGCGCAGUUCCUUCUUACUAUAUUGAUGUCGCCGACCAUACGGAUGUGUCAGCGGCUUUCGAUUUCUCGAGACGUACGGGCGUUCCUGUAGUCAUCAAGAAUACUGGACACGAUUACAUGGGUCGGAGCAGUGGACCGGGGACAUUAGGCAUUUGGACACACCACCUGAAAUCGAUAUCCUACGAGAAGACCUUCGUCCCGCAAGGAUGCGAAGCAACGGCGGACCCGAUUCCCGCUGUGACUUUUGGGAGCGGAGCUCAGUUUUCGGAUUUAUUAGCCUUUGCGAACGAGAAUAACCUGACGAUACCUGGAGGCUCGGAUGCCACAGUUGGCGUUGGAGGGGGUUACCUGCAGGGUGGCGGUCACAGCCCGCUAUCAAACAUAUUCGGACUAGCAGUUGACCGCGUACUCGAAUUUGAGAUCGUUGUACCUACUGGCGACCUCCUCAUUGCAAACGAGUGUCAGAACCCCGACUUGUUCUUCGCUCUCCGUGGAGGAGGGGGUGGAACGUUCGGUGUCGUCAUGAAGGUGACAACGCGGGCGCUACCUAGAGCAGAGCUCGUCACUGUGUCAGCGUUGUUCAAGCCUACAACGUCCAUCCAGAAGUUUUUGGAGUUCGUCAUCCCUUACUCAGUCGGAUGGGCAGAAGACGGCUGGAGUGGAUACAUCUAUACUGCCGGAAUUUUCCACAUGACUAAACUCGAAACGACUGAAGAUGACGCGCUUGCAUACAUGGCACCACUCAAGACCUUCCUUGCAGAGGAACUCCAUAUUGAGAUGCGAGUGUCGACAAGUCACUCGUAUGGGGAUUUCCACGAGAAACCAAAAUGCAUCCCCGUAUUCCCCACCUCGCGUCUCAUCCCUGGCGGAGACCUUCUCCGAGUCACCCAAGGAGCUUCUGAGCACCAUCAUUCAUCUUUGCAAACGCGCCAGUAUGCAUUCCCUGGAGAUGGCAAGACGAGCGUGACGGAUGCAUGGAGGAGGAGCAUCUGGGACGUCACCUUUGGCCAGGUAUGGGACUACUCGGCGUCUCCUGACGAGCAAGAAAAGGCGUAUCGCGAUCUAUCACGAAGUAUGGACCCAUUAAGAGCUAUCACACCUGGAGGUGGAGCGUAUGGGAACGAGGCGGAUGUGUACGAACCUGAUUGGCAACGGGCGUUUUGGGGAGAGCAUUACGAGGAAUUGGUGAGAGUGAAGGGGAAAUACGACUCGGAACAUCUGCUGGAUUGUUGGCGGUGUGUGGAUUGGAAGGGCGCCAGUGAUCCUCGGUAUCACUGUUACUUCUAGGAGUUGAUGUGCCGGAGGUUGUUCGUAUUCGCUACCCUCUCAAUGUUCGAUAAAUUAGGAAUGGAUAGAUCCUAUGCGUUUCUUGACCUGCU